GAUUGAAAUUGCAAGGCCAGGAUUUUCUGUCUGGGCAGCCCCCUCGAGUCAGCCUCAGAGGAGCCCAGACCUCCUGGAUGGCUUUCGGCGAGCCUCCCAGUGGGCACAGCACUCGCCACCGGACACUGCAUGGACUCAGCUUCCACACUGCGAUGGGUACGGCCUGGUCCUUGCACUACCGGGGGCAAGGAGGAACGCUAUGCCUGGUGGGGGUGAGCACCCCAUCUCAUGACAAAGCAGUUCUCCAGGGUCUGCCCUACUUUUCUGUAAACCUGGGGGUCCAGCCCAGUGCAUUGGCUGGAAGGAGAGGGGACGCCUCCUGUCCCAGCUCACGGUGCUCUGCCGACCCCACUGUCUGCCCCAAACUUGGUGCUCUGGGGGGCCCCAAUGCCAUAGAUGCACUUCAUGGGGAGCAACUGGGGCUGUUCCUGAGGACCAAGACGGGCAGAGACCCUAAAGACGUCUAUGGAUUGACCCCUGCUCUCUGUGGCCCCUGCCUGGCUGGCCUCCCCUCCUCACACUCUCCACAGUUCUCAUGCAACACAGAGCCUCUACAAAUGCUGUCCUGA